UCAUUUCACACAGACAGGAUAUUUGCACAACAAUAGCAUGGUCACAAAUGUGUAUGCCAGGAAAAUAUGACAAGCAGCACAGCAAUUGGUCCUCUGGCAAACUGGCAUAUUGGCACAGUAGAAGAAAGAAUGUGUUAGUGCCGGACAGACUACGGAAGAACAGGAAAAGGAGGAGUAGUGCGAGAAAGGGAGAGACAGGUGAAAAGGAAUUUAUCUGGGGCAGUGGAAAAGGAGGAUCUUCCUGUCUUCUCUUUCGGCUAUUACUGGCCAACCCUGCCAGAACUGGGCUGUAGUUUGUUUCAAGAGGUGUGUGUGUGAGAGGAGGAAGGGAGGGAGAGAGAGAGUGAGUGAAUUUAGGGGAGGGUGGAGGAGGUGGAAGAGGAGGAGGGGGUGGGGAUCAGAUAAGCUCUGAGGCAGUCCUACGCUGGGCGUCUGAGCGUUGGAUCUGUGAUCCUCCCGUCUGAUACUUUCCGCUGCGAGCGAAAACUUCAGGGCCGUGCGUGCCUCCCGGGAGUGAGCGCUGGAGAUCGGAGUGAUCGCGCUCCCAACUCAUCGCUUUACCGGGAUAACAGCUGUCAUGGGAGACCUUGCCCGCGCUCCGAUCCAAUCCGUGCCAUUCCCUUGCCAAUGGGAUGAGUAGAAGCCCAGGAAUGGAGGAGGGAGGAAGCACAUAAUUGAGUGUAUUCAGCUCCAGGUGAGACAGCUGUGGUCCACUGUGUCGCCCCAAGUCACAACCAGAGGACGACUGCCUUCCGGCAUCCCGUGACGGGACAGAUAUCGCCUGAAAAUUCCGACUACAUCCUGCAGGAACAGACAAACUCCCGCAUGUCCAAACCACCGCCAGACCACAGGCCACCCAGCAUGGUCAGCGAGACCUCCACAGCUGUGACCACAUCCACAGUGGACGCCACCUCAGGGUCUAAGGUCCCCAAGAACGGUGGGAAGGUGCACAGCUUUGGGAAGAGGGAGCAGGCCAUCAAGAGGAACCCCAACAUGCCGGUGGUGGUGAGGGGAUGGCUUUACAAACAGGACGGCUCCGGAAUGAGGCUGUGGAAGCGCAAGUGGUUCGUGUUGUCUGAUUACUGCCUCUUCUAUUACAAAGACAGCCGGGAGGAGACGGUCCUGGGCAGCAUCCCCCUCCCCAGCUACGUCAUCUCGCCGGUGGAGCCUGACGACCACAUCAGCCGCAAGUACGCCUUUAAGGCCACCCAUACUGGGAUGCGCUCGUACAUUUACAAUAAGAACUCUGUGAUUGGCUCGCAGGCCGAGCACGGUGGCAUGCGCACAUACUACUUCAGUGCCGACACGCAGGAGGACAUGAACGGCUGGAUCCGGGCCAUGAACCAGGCGGCCCUCAUGCAGAGCCACGGCGUCAAGAGAGAGAUUGAGAGGCCAGAGAAGCUGGAGCAACAGGCAGUCCCGCAGACCAAUCACGUCAACAACUGCAGCAAGAGCUCCUCCCAGCCCGAGAGCCUCUACCAACCGGAGCGGGGCGAGGGGCAGAGCAAGGACAUAGAUAGAGCGGAGGCGCUGGCCAGGGUGGGGAUGGAGGUGGAGGUGGACGGGCUCUCGCCGGAGUCGGUGGCCCCCUCGCGGCCCUCCUCCACCCUGCCAUCCACCCAUCGCAACGGCCUCCCCUCUGGCCCCGGGGCCCUGCCCCUAGAGCAGAACGGGAACGUGGUGUAUAAGAGGGGCCUGGUGCAGCGCGCCGACACCGAAAAGCAGGUUCAGAGGAAGACGGCCCUGGCCCAGGUGGAGCACUGGGUCAAAGUGCAGAAAGGAGACUCGAAGAGCCAUCCCUCCACUGAUUACAGCCUCCCCCGCCGGACGCCGCCUCUGCAGCCCAAGGUCAGCGUGGUGGAGGCUUACCAGUCGUUGCCAAAGACCCUCCGCCACCCUUCAUCUGGGGGCUCCCCGCCGGCGCCCCGCAACAUGCCCAGCGACUACAAGUACGCCCAGGACCGGCUGAGCCACUUCCGCAUGACCACGGACGAGCGCGUGGCCAACCGCGAUGGCAUGGUGUGGCAGCUGUACGAGUGGCAGCAGCGGCAGCAGUACCGUCACGGCAGCCCCACGGCGCCCAUCUACGCCGGGCCCGACUACCUGGACGCAGCCGGCACCUCCUUCCGCGUCACGCUGGAGGUGCCCCGCUCCAUCUCCGUGCCCCCGUCGCCCUGCGACCUGCCCCCGCCUGCGCCACCGUCCAAGCCGCUGUCGCCGCCGCGGAGGCCCCACACGCCCAGCGACAGGGUGACUGUGCGACCGCUGAACGAGGUGCCCCUCGCCGACCACCCGUUUGUCUGCUCCCCCCGACGCGCAUACUCACAGCUCUCGAAGACUUCGCAGAUAGAGAGACGAUCAGUGCCAACCAUGGGCUACAUCACCCAUACAGUCAGCGCCCCAAGCUUGCAUGGGAAAACGGCCGAUGAUACUUACAUGCAGCUGAAGAAGGACCUGGAGUAUCUAGACCUGAAGGUCACUGGGCGUGAAACGCUAAAAGACAGACCAGCACGGCCCGUUAAAAUAGCUGAAAGUGACAUUGAUGUGAAGCUUAGCCGAUUAUGUGAACAAGACAAGAUCCUUCAAGAGCUGGAGAUGAGGAUUCGCACCCUGAAGGAGGAUAAGGAUAAGCUGGAGUCAGUGCUGGAUGUGUCCCAUCAGCAGAUGGAGCAGUACCACGACCAACCCGCUCACGCCGAGAAGAUCGCCUACCAGCAGAGGCUGCUGCAGGAGGACGUGGUGCACAUCCGCGCAGAGAUCUCCCAGCUCUUCACGGAGAUGGAGAACGCCUGGAGUGAGUACAGCAGUCUAGAGGGGGAUGUGGACCGGCUCAGGUCAGCGCUGCAGGAGCAGAUGAGCCGCUGCUCCAUCACCCAGCAGGAGAAAGUUCAGUUGAGGAAGGAGCUUUGGCGGAUAGAGGACGUAAUAGCCGGCUUGAGCUCCAACAAAGCCAACUACGAAAUCACUGUUGACUCAAUGCAGAACCCAGAGCGUAAACUUGUGCCUUCAGUGUCCUCCUCAGUGCCUUCCCUUUCUGCGAGCCCGUCGGCAGGGCAGCUGAAGUCUCUCCAGCACAGCCCCUCACAGCCUACCCAGCAGCCCCUGCUACAGUCAUCAACAGGCCUGCAUGCUGCGCACAAACCAAAAUGGGGAGAGGAAGGUGCUCCACCGCGGCCUCCCCUUCCUCAGCUCUACAGCCCUGACCAGAACCCCCCUGAAGUGCCCCCCCUGCCCAAGGAGUCGUCUGUCAUCAGGCACACAUCCGUCCGAGGCCUCAAGCGCCAAUCCGACGAGCGCAAGCGAGACCGGGAGGUCGGCCAGUUCUCCAACGGAGACAAGGUGGAGAUCCGGGCGUUCCUCAGUGAGCCGGAGCUGCGGGGAGUCAGCGGGGUGCAGGGGGGCGCCUCAACACUGGUCAGCGGUUACCAGACCCUCCCCAGCAGAGGAGUUACAGGCUCCUCUUCCAGACUGAAUCAGUCCACAAACAUUUCAUCUUAUGUCACCCUGAGAAGAGGAGCCUCGGCACCAGGCUUGAAGGAGAGACCAAAGAGUGCACUGGAGCGCCUGUACUCGGGGGACCCGGCGCUGCAGCGGGGCCGCAUGAGCGCUGAGGAGCAGCUGGAGCGCAUGAAGCGCCACCAGAAGGCACUGGUGCGCGAGCGCAAGCGCACCCUCAGCCAGGGCGAGCGCCAUGCCUCCGCCUCCUCCUCCUCCGUAGGCUCCUCCCCGGCCGCCAACGCCGCUGGAUCCAGGCCCGGCUCGUCCGGAGCGGCCACCCCACGACCCGUCUCAGCUGACCUGGGAUCAUGGAAGCGGGAGCAAGAGUUCGACUUGCAGCUGCUGGAGCGGGCGGUGCAGGGAGAGGAGAGGCCGGCCGAGCACAGGGAGAGGCCCCGCUCCCAGUCGGACGAGUGGCUCACCCUGCGCUCCAUGAAGGAGCUGGACCUGGAGCCCGUGGACUACAAUGUGGACCUUAGCCGAGAGCUGUCCAAACCCAAGAAGGUGGAGAUCCCAGAGCGCUAUGUGGACCUGGAGCCCGAGGAGCCGCUGAGCCCUCAGGAGAUGGAGGCCCGCCACCGCAAAGUGGAGCGCAUCAAGAGCAUCCUGGCCAAGUCCAGUGUCCAGAACAUGCAGCCAACUGUAGUGGUGGAUAAGUGUGAGCUCCCCGGCCUGGACUCUGCAUUGCAGGAACAAGAGAGGAUCAUCACCAUGUCCUACGCUCUAGCCUCCGAAGCGUCCCUCAAGAGCAAGCAGGUGGCAGCUCCCCAGCAGGCUAACGAUGCCUCCGCCUCCCCUCCGCCCUUUUCUCCUCUUCUUCCUCCUCCCCCUCCUCCUCCUCCUCUCCCACCCUCCACCUCCCCCCCUCAGGCACCUCCUCCCCCUCCCCCUCCCCUCAGUAAUGGAUUUCACUACACCUUUGUCUAAUCAGAGCAAACAAAACCAAAGCUGUAUCUGGACAUUGAUGUGGUGAUGACCGCUCCCCACCAGGACUCUUGCAGACAGACCGACCGACUGACAUUGCUUGGCUUUCCCCAUCUACAUUCAGUCCUCAUUAGAUGAACAGUAGUGCACACAGGAAUGGGCAGACAUCGCUAAAUGCGUAACACAUUUAAUGAUGCAUUAUUUUGUCAUAGACCAUAAGCUAUUACUUUGUAUAGGAAGCAGAAAACAUUGCUGUGGAGACUGCUGUGCAUAUAUUAACUAUGGAAAUGUCUAACAAUGGUAAUCAUACAAUAGGAAAAAGAAAAACAAUGUUUUAUACAUGUUAUUGCACUUUUAACACUAUACUGUAUCAUAGUGAGAAACGGAUACCGAGCUGAUCUAUUUUAUUUCUCCGAGAGAGAAAAAGGUGUGUUCUGUGUUGCAGUGAGAUCUGAGUUUCAGAAAGAAAAAUGCAAUGGAGGGUAGAACAAAUGCAAAAGUAUUAUGCAUCUGGGAGAUUUGAAAAUGCGGUACAGUAAUAAUUGUGUCAAAUUGUUGAUUGUAUUUUUUAUCAACUCAGAUGAUAUUCUUACACCAAAUCACUUGAAAUAUUAUUUUUGUGUAUCUAGCACUGCCAGUUUCCUCUUAGCUUGCCAAAAGGAUUUUUAUUUUUGCCUACAACAUCUUGAAGAUAUAACCUUUAACAAUAUUUUCUGAAAAAAAAGAGGAAAAAAAAAUUGGGAAGGGGCAGACAUUUUUUUAAAUAAAGAAAAUGUAAAUAUUAAAAUACAUUAACAAGUUACUUG